AUGGGUUUUUCGAAGAAGCAUCAAAUUGAAACGGGCAAAGAGUCUGAAGGAAGAAAGUGGGUUAUAGCCGGAGUUGCUGUAAGGGCUCCUCUGAAACCGAUAUCCACAAAAUCUAGGGAGGAGGAGGACAUUGAUCACGGCGGCCCGUGGCCCACAACCCCCACCGCUCGUGAAUCAAAGUUGCCGGAAAUAUUCUCCUGCCCGCCGGCACCAAGAAAGCGCCGCCCAUCUUCGAACUGCAGUUUUCGUGGUGUAAGGGAGUUCUUUAAUCCUCCGGACUUGGAAUCCGUGUUCAUGUGUCAUGCCGAGCGGGCAAACUGA